AACAACCUACCUCAGAAAAGGUGCAGUGAUGUGAGACAUAACAACAACAACAGGACGCUAUGAAGGAACCCACCUUUUUCAAAAAUAAUAGUCAUACAGUUAUCUAACUCUACUAUAAAGAACUCUACAAGGUCAUUCCUAACUUUACCAACCUAUUUUUGUACUGUCAAGUGCCAAACUAGCAGCAUAACUUACUUUGUUUCAUCUUGCUUCAAGUUCAACUUCUCCUUUGUUCGUUUACCAUAAUGGUCAGAAGAAUAUCACACCUUACCUUACUGCUUGCAUUUAUUUUUAUUCCAUACCUUGCAAGCCAGUUGGUAUUUGCAAAAGGGAGAAACAAUGUUAGAGAAGCUUGCAAAGUAACUAGGUAUCAAAACCUUUGUAUGCGCUCGCUAGCACCGUUCUCUUACAGUGCUGGAAGAGGCCCUAGCAAGUGGGCAAGGGCUGGAGUGUCGGUGACAAUCGGUGAAGUUAAGAAUGUCCAAGCAUAUCUCACAAACUUAACUAGACACGGGCGUUUAAGAGGAAGAAAUAAAGUUGCACUAUUAGAUUGUGUCGAGACUAUUGCAGAUGCCCUUGAUGAGCUUCAUAGAUCACUGAAUGUGCUCAGAAGGCUUAGUAGAAGGACAUUUGGUACCCAGAUGGGGGACCUUAAUACAUGGAUAAGUGCGGCACUCACAGAUCAAGAUACUUGCCUUGAUGGGUUUCAAGGCGAAAACGGUAGGAAAAUUCAAUUGCUGCAAAAUAGGGUUCUCAAAGCCUAUUAUAUAACCAGUAACGCUCUAGCUCUUGUCAGUAAACUUGCCACUACAGGUCUAGGAAGCAUUUCUGAUCCAUAGAACUUCUAUGAUAGAAGUUAUAUGUGAAAUAUUUCCCCAAGAAGCUAAAAUAGGCUGUUAGUAGGAGUGUAACUGAUUAGGUUUGUGAUGCUCCUCUCAGAUACUUCACAUGCAUUAUUCUUCUGCUUCGAGUUCUCUGCUUUUGAGAAACACUAUGAGAGUUUAGUCUCUAAAGUGAGAUUCAUUUGAUUUCUUUUCUUCGGUAGCUAAAAAUAAUAGUAUAUGUUUGAGUUAUUCAUUUGGAUCAAUUAGUACCAUUAUGGUGUUUGCUCUAUUUUUUUUUUUUUUUGAAGGCAAUCAUUCGCGAUAUGCAAGCAAUCCUUUAAGUCUGAGUCCUCAUCUUAUUUCAUUUCUAUCUUCCGAGUCUUUGAUUUCUAUCUACAUGAAAAUAAAUGUUAUUUUAACAUCGCCAUGAUAUUUUUUAUAAGCAAAAUUUAUUCAAUUCAAUGAGAAUACAAAGGGAUACUCAAACCCAAUACAAACGUUUCGGAUACAAAUAUCACUCACCUUCUACAAACGUUUAAACCUGUUACAGGAGAAACAUAACAAUCAGAGAGUUUGUAUCCCACUUUUACAAUCACAUGAAAGACCAAGAUGUAACUCACCACUUAAACUAUUGUAAUGACUAUAGCUAUUUGUAUA